AUGAACCAGCUGGCACAGCAGAGCACUCCGGGUCUGAGGGAGCCGCUCUCCCUGCAGCAGGCGGGCGGCCAGAGAGGACCGGCUGGGAGCGGGGACCGGAGCGGGACCCCGGGGGGACCUGAGCGCCGUUGCGCCGCCGUUCCGGGCAGGUCCGCGCAGACAUGCAGCGGCGGAGGCCGGGCGCGCCCCUGGGCCUCGCCCCCGCGCGGGGGCUCUGAGCACCGGCCGUCCCCACGACUGCGCCCUGGCGCCGAGACUCGCCGCGCUGAGCCGCCUCGGGACGGAGCCACGCGGCGCUGGGCCUGGGCCGCGGUCGUGGUCCUCCUCGGGCCGCAGCUCGUGCUCCUCGGGGGCGUCGGGGCCCGGCGGGAGGCACAGAGGACGCAGCAGCCUGGCCGGCGCGCAGAUCCCCCCAAGGCCACCGCCAGCGCGUCCUCCCGCGAGGGGCUGCCCGAGGCCCCCAAGCCAUCCCACUCCUCAGGACCUGAGUUCUCCGACGCUCACAUGACAUGGCUGAACUUUGUCCGGCGGCGGCGGCCGGACGACGGCGCCUUGAGGAAGCGGUGCGGACAAGAAGCUGGUGAGCCCCGCCUGGGCUGCUGCAGGCGGGAUCUCUUCGGUCCCCCAGGACCUCCAGGUGCAGAAGUGACCCCGGAGACGCUUCACAAGUUUCAGGAGCUGCUGAAAGGGGCCAUGGAGCACCGGUUCUCAGGGCUUGUGGACCCGCUGCUGCCCCAGGGGGUGGCCCUGUGGCUGGUGGGCGAGGCCUUUCACUGCCGGCUGCAGGGCCCCCGCCAGGUGGAAAAGCGGACGCUGGUGGAGCUGCAUGGUUUCCAGGCGCCUGCUGCCCAAGGUGCCUUCCUCCGAGGCUCCGGUCUGAGCCUGGCCUCGGGUCGGUUCACGGCCCCCGUGUCCGGCAUCUAGUUCUCUGCCAGUCUGCACGUGGACCACAGUAAGCUGCAGGGCAAGGCCCGGCUGCGGGCCCGGGACGUGGUGCGUGUUCUCAUCUGUAUUGAGUCCCUGUGCCAGCGCCACACGUCCCUGGAGGCCAUCUCAGGCCUGGAGAGCAACAGCAGGGUCUUCACAGUGCAGGUGCAGGUGAGUCCGGGCCGGGCUGGACAAUACGCUUCUGUGUUUGUGGACAACGGCUCCGGGGCCUUCCUCACCAUCCAGGCGGGCUCCAGCUUCUCCGGGCUGCUCCUGGGCACGUGA